AUGUUGUCCGAAGAGGGAAUGGAGAACCGUCAUGGCCCUCCCGGGGUUAACUCUCGAUCGCUCAGUGCCGUUCAUUCUGCUGCCGAUUUAGAAGUACUUCGAGAGAUCGAGCAUGUGUACUUCUCUCCCCCGUCCGAGUUCGACGCAGGCAGGCAUGUGCUGGAGAACGCCCCCAGCCCCCCCACAUGCGAGGCCAUCGAGCAGAUGUUCACCAAGUUGAAGCGCCAACAGCAGGUAGUCUCUGGAAAAGCUCUUCAUUUAAUCUCCCAACAGAGGGACAAUUGCGACCGUGAAUUCGCAGAAAUUCAGAACAUUCGCGAACAGCUAGUCAGAACGCUAGAAACAUGUCGCCAAGCCAGAGAACACUUGCGGAAUUCUUCUAACCACCUCACCAUUUCCACCUUUGUCAUACUAGCCAAUGUCAGAAAGAGACAGAUCAUAAGAUCAGUACUCAAAUCCUUGGAGUUGCUGAGGAGUUUGCGUAGCGUUGAGAAGGAUGUCGCUGAAUUGUUGAAUAGGAAAGAGUAUUAUGAGGCGAUAGAGCUGAUCCUUAAGAGUAGAAAAGCCGCGAGUAAUCACAAAGAGUACACCUGUAUAGCAGAUCUCGCUACGAGACUCCAAGACACACUGGACAUGACCGAGGAGAAGUUAGACUCGGUGUUGUCGUCAAUAUGUUACAAAUUCGAUGAGAAUCUGUUUAGGAAGUUAAGGAAAGCUUACGACUUAUUGGGCAAAACUCAAGCCGCUAUGGAACAGCUUCACAUGCAUUACUCCUCUGCGGUCAACGUGACUUCUGUGGAAGCUGUCAAACCUUAUAUUUCUGACACUUCUGUCGAUAUGAAAUUUCAGGAAAUGUGUCAAUCGGUUCAGCCCAAUAAAGCGCCGGCAUGCCUUCUGAAUCUAUGCGAAAAUCUGUUUUUGAUCAUGCGUAGUUAUUAUUUACUAGUCAAUUGGCAUGUGAAACACGAUGAAGAGGAGGCGGUGCCAGCGUCUAAUAACGUUUUCGAAAUAGAGAAGAAUGUCAGUAGAGAAUAUAUAAGACAGAAGUUAAAAGCAGGACUCCUAAGGUUGUGGCAUGAAGUACAAGCGAAGGUCUCGACGUUUCUAAAAAGCUCCGGUUUAGAGGAGUACGCUUUUGAAAAGUUUAUACAAAUGCUAGGCAUCCUGAGGAAACUGACGCAAGUGGCCGAGGUGUUCUGUGGUGACAAAUCUGAUAUCCUCCAGGACUUCAUUAAGACGCAAAGCGUUUCGUACAUAAAGAAUUACCAUAGAGGUAGGAUGGAGGAACUGAAAUUGUUUCUGGAGAACGAAGGCUGGGAACAGUGUCCUGUGAAGUCUACAUUUAAUUUACUAAACCUUCAAGAGUUCAAACAGUUCAAAAAGUAUUUGAGUCCCAACAAAGCUGACACGUCCAUGGUGCGAUCACCGUCCGACGGUGCAUCUUCGGUGCAUUCUCAAGAGGAUAGCGUUUAUAUUUCCAAAUAUUUAAAUCAGAAGACUUACCACACUCCUUUCGAAAUAUUCAGAAAUGAGAAUGUAACGAACGAUGAUAUUUUCGGCCUGGAGCCGGAGUUGGAAGCCAGCGAUGAGUCUGAGGACGAGCCUGACGAACUGAAACGCGAAUUCGUAGACGAAGUAGACAGACAUGAGUACGCGUCAACCAACAAAGAGAAACAGAUGGAGAGCCCCUCGAGAGUGAAAGAGAGCGUCAUAGUCACAAACACAACUCUCUCAGUGCUGAGGAACUGCGGGCAGUACCUCCAGAUAUGUAGAUACUUACCCCAAAUCUCAUUAGAGGUUGUGAUGCUAAUGAACCAAUUGUUCGACUAUUAUUUUUACACCGUGCAUUUGUUUUUCACGUCGGACUUGGAUGUCGCAUCCACGACUUUGUACACGACGAAGCUGAAUUUGGUUUUGAAAAGAAUCUCAAAUAGUAUCGACGCUAGUGCGGGAGAUGGGGAUGCGAAAACUUUCAUUUGCCCCGACCUACCUCAGCAUUUGGACAUGACCUCGGAGGAGAAUCUCCACGGUUUGAGUGAGAGAAUAGUGGCCGUCGAGAGCGUUAUAUUUCUGGCUAAACAGUACGCGUUACUGCAACCGUAUUUAGAGUCGAUAGUGGCGUCACACCAAAAGUUAAUUCUAGAACAUUUCAGAGAUAACACGCUGGCGGUAGUUGCAGAUUUGAGAAUGCCAGUGUACAUGUGUUCUGCGUCGAAAGCUGUUGAUGCAAGGCAGUCCCUUAUAGCGAUGUCCCAAGUUAAAUGGGACGUUAAAAGCGUUGCUGUCGAGCACAGCCCUUACGUAGACAUGCUGACAAGGAAAAUUCAAGUAUUCGCUAUUCGCUUAGAGAAUAUUUCGACCAAAAUCACUUUGAACAUGGAAGUGCUAAAAUCUAUCUGGUCUAUGGUUUCUAAAUUCAUAGUGCAUCUACUUGUCGAAGGUUUUUCUAAUGCUACGAAGUGCUCUAAUGGUGGUAGAGGGCUGAUGCAACUAGAUUACAGACAAUUAUUUGUGAAGUUGGAAAAGAUAUCUGGUUUGAAACCUAUACCUUAUCAGGACUAUGUGGAUAGGUACGUGAAAGCAUACUAUUUGCCUAGGAAAGGCUUGGAAGACUUCGUUAGGGAAAAGACUGAGUAUUCAGAUAAACAUUUGCUGGCUUUAAUUGCUUGUGCUUGCGAAAACAAGAAGGACAGACAAGCUUUGACGGCCAUUAUAGAGAGCAAAGAUCUACCAACAUAA